GAGAAGAUAGAAAUACGCGGUGUUUAUGUUUGGCUACGAUUGGAACGUUUUGGGGCUGUUUCUGCUCAUCCUUCUCUUUCCUCUCUCUCAGUUCGGCAUGUCUUCAAAAUAUUCAUCUGUAGAUUUUGAAGUUUUCGGCGAUGUUCAGGGUGUGUGCUUCCGAAUGUACACAGAGGAUCAGGCGAAAAAGCUGGGCGUGAAUGGCUGGGUGAAGAACACCAGACAGGGCACCGUGAUCGGCCAGGUCCAGGGACCUCCAGAGAAAGUCAGCGAGAUGAAACACUGGCUGAGGAAUGUUGGCAGUCCCAGCUCACGCAUCGACCGUGCCGAGUUCACUAACGAGAGGGACAUCUCUAAACUGGAGGUCCGUGGAUUUGGCACUCGUUAUUGAAUUCCACCUCCCUGACGACGGCUCCUUAACCUUUCUCGAAAACGUCCAUAAAGAAUUCGGUCCUACCGUCCGCCCUGCUGAGUCACCUCCAUUAUCAGACUGUUACGUGCUUUAAAACUAAAUGAGCAAAGCAUUUAUCAAAAUGUAACCAAAGCCCUAACUACUGCAUUCUGAAUCCAUUUAUAUUUAUUAAUAGAUUUUAUGUAUGUACAAAACCAUUUAUUAGUAUUUACAAAUUAAAAGAAACUCUAUUUUUAUUUCCUUAUUUAUUUACUUACGAUGCAUUUGUGACUUCAACUUCGUGUUGCAACACAGAACUGCCAAAUGAUUGUUUGCAUUUUAA